AUGCUCUCCACGGCCGCCCGUUCAGCAAAGGCCCUGCGAUUCCGCCCUUCUGUCCUCCAAUCUGUGACCAGGACAUUCUCCUCGACGCGAUGCAGACGAGAUGCAGACCUCAGACCCACCUCUCUUGCUGUCUUCACAGAGGAGGAAGAGAUGUUGCGCGACGCUGUCAAGCGUUUUGCAGCAGACGCUGUCGAACCCAAGGUCCGGGAGAUGGACGAAAACGAGUCCAUGGAUCCCUCCAUCAUCGACGGGCUCUUCCAGCAAGGCCUAAUGGGCAUCGAAACUAGCCCGGAACAAGGUGGCGCUGGCUCGUCGUUUACGUCUGCCAUUAUCGCCAUCGAGGAGCUCGCGAAGGUCGACCCGUCCGUCUCCGUCCUCUGCGACGUCCACAACACACUCGUCAACACCGUCAUUCGCAAGUAUGGUACCGAGGAGCAGAAGGAGAAGUGGCUACCACAGCUUUCUGAGUCAAAGCUCGGAUCUUUCUGCCUCUCCGAAACGUCCUCCGGCUCAGACGCCUUCGCUCUCAAAACCCGCGCUAAAAAGGAUGGAAAUAACUGGGUUCUCAACGGCUCGAAGAUGUGGAUCACAAACUCCUACGAGGCCGAGAUAUUCCUCAUCUUCGCCAACAUCGACCCAAGCAAAGGCUACAAGGGCAUCACCUGCUUUAUCGCGACAAAGGAUAUGGGAGUUAAAAUUGCGAAGAAGGAACAGAAGCUCGGUAUUCGCGCCUCUUCUACGUGCACGCUCGACUUCGACGACCUCAAGAUUCCCGAGGAGAACAUCAUAGGCGGUGAGGGCAAGGGCUACAAGAUUGCCAUCGAGAUCCUCAAUGAAGGACGUAUCGGCAUCGCCGCCCAGAUGCUCGGCCUAGCACAGGGCGCUUUCGACAAAGCUGUCCCCUACACCUACCAACGCCAGCAAUUCGGGCAGCCCGUCGGGACCUUCCAGGGCAUGGCAUUCCAGAUCGCGAAUGCGGCCAUUGAGAUUGAGUCUGCUCGCUUGUUGACCUACAAUGCGGCGCGUCUCAAAGAGGAAGGGAAGGACUUCACGAAGGAAGCCGCGAUGGCAAAGUACUGGAGCAGUGUUGUUGCUCAGAAUGUUUCAGGCAAGGCGAUCGAGUGGGCGGGUGGUGUUGGAUUUACACGUGAGACUGGCAUUGAGAAGUUCUGGAGAGAUUCGAAGAUUGGUGCCAUCUAUGAGGGCACAUCCAACAUCCAGCUGCAAACUAUUGCCAAGUUUAUCCAAAAGCAAUACUCAUGA